AAUUGAAUCCCACGAGUAGUGUCGAGAUGAACACCUUUUCCCGGGCUUUAUUGCUACCUACAUCUUCUUUUGGCGGUCUUGAUCCAAUCCUCAUCAUUGCCGCCCUAUUUAUUUGCCAUUUACCAUGAUUAGCGGAGCAAUCAACGCCAGAAGAGAAAAAGACCAGUUAAAAGUAAGAAACCCUAGAAAAUAUGACAGCCUCACGCGAGGCAGAUCCUACCGACCAGGAUGCCCGUACUCCAGCUGUUGCUUAUGACGGCCAGAAUCUCAAUGAGAAUGGUUCCUUUCAUUCCGAGGGUGGACGAAAUGAGACCAAUGAAGCGGAUCCUAUUGCAGAUGAAGACACUAUGCAUUCUGAACCAGAGGGAGAUGAAGAUGGUAGUGAAGAUAUGGAAGAUGAAGACAGCUGUGAUGGCGUCCAUGAUGGAAAAAGUGAUUGUGAUGCCAUUGAUGAUAUGGAAGAUAUGGAUGAUGAUAUUGAUAUAGGAGAAAUGCAGGAUCUUAUUGCUGGUCUUUUCUCUACUCGAUCAAUCGCAAAGCAUUACUUGAGGUUUUUUGAAGAAGGAAAAUCUGAAGUGAAAUGCCUUUUGAACAGCAUGGGCCGACUAAUUCCUCUCUCUGUUGACAUGUUGUCUCAUUACCAGCAUUGGGGAAAUACCACCGAUUAUGUGAGUUUGGCAGCAAACUUCAUUGACAAUGAUUGGAAAUUGAAGAAAUGGCUUCUCCAUUUUCAGCUAUAUGACCCCCGGAACAGUGAUUAUGUUGAUGCAGUGAUUGUGAAAGCAUUGGAUGACUAUAACCUAACAGAUAAGGCUUACACUCUCACAUCACGUGAUACUGAUUUAGUUGACGAAACUCUCGAGUCUAUCGAAUCUCAACUCAAGGAGAAGAAUAGGCUUCCAUCUGAGCGGCAACUUUUCCAUGUCAGUUGUGUUGCAGAAAUGUUUGGUUUAAUGGCUGAAGGUGCAUUCAAAGCAAUAUCUGAUAUCAUCUCUAAAGUUAAAGAACUGCACUGGUCUAGAUCAGAAUGUAUGUGGCACUUGACGCAUUCCAAACUUGAAAGUGCUCUGGAAAUGGAAGCACUUGGAGAGUUCAAUUCAGAAUUUGUCACUAAACAUUAUUCCGUACCAUCUGCUGAAGAGUGGGAGAAAGUUCGGGUCAUCUGUAGACUGGUUGGGCACGUCUAUGGCGUGGCAAAAAAAGUGUUUCAGGUUAAAAACUCAACUGCCAACUUAUUUCUUUACAAUCUCCAGGAGCUUCGUGCAAGUUUACUUCUCGAAGCAAGUAGUCCAGAUGCUUUCACUCGCCGGGUUGCAAACAAAAUGCUUAAGAAGCUCACUAAGUACAUAAGAAAAAAUUAUCUGGUCUUGGCCAUUGCUUCGGUGAUGGACCCACGCUAUAAAAUGCAGUUUAUAAAUGAGAUUUCAGCAAAGUUCGAAGGCAUUGAUGGCAUACUACAACCUGGACUUGUCUUGGAGGCUGUUCGUACCAUAUAUGUGGCAGAUUAUUCUGAAGGUGCAUUGAAUGGUGUAGACUUGCCUGGAAAGUCUGAAUUGGAUAUAUAUCUAGAGGAGCCUGUCUUACUACGCGGCGGGAGGUUCAGUGUGUUGAAUUGGUGGAAAUCUGAAGGUAGUCCGAAGUACUCGAAUGUGUCCAAAAUGGCACGUGCUAUUCUGGCUGUUCCGUUGUCAGUCGCUACUUCUUACGAUGCUUAUUAUUACAUUGAGAACAGACCUGCCGACCCUGAUGUCAUUACUACAGGGGCUAAGCUUAUGAAUGCCCAAAUGUGUUCUUGGAGCUGGAAGGGUGGGAAGACGGUUUGAGUUCUUUCUGUUGGUGUAUUGCUUUCACUUGCAGGGUUAUUAUGGCAUUGCCAUUGUUCAUGGGAAACUAUUUGGAUCGUUUUUGCGUCCUGAUCCUAUUUCUUUUGUUUGAAUGACUAGAAUCUGGGAGUCGCUCCCCUUUUCUGUAGUUUGGUA